AUGAAGUUCAGUGUUAUAGUUUUGUUCUUGAAUCCGAGUUAUGGGGCCCGGUGGUUGAGUAGCAACAGUGAGUCGAGUAUGCCCGAGUUCACUGGCUACAACGCUUAUGAUAUCUUAAGAGUCUCGGAGAACAGCUCACUGGCUGAAAUCAAAGCUUCUUUUCAUAAAUUAGCGAAAGAAACUCAUCCUGACCUCGCUCAUCACUCAAAUGCGGUUAAUUCACACCGUUUCAUUCAAAUCCUUGCGGCUUAUGAGAUUCUUUCGGACUCUGAAAAGAGGGCGCACUACGACAGUUAUUUGUUAUCUCAGAGAAAGACAAAGAUAGUGAUAGAGCCAGAACAUUGUAGACAAGGUUCGACAUUGCACACGUACGAAUCGCGAAUGACUACGAAUGAAGAGAUGGAAGUCGUCGAAUGGUUGAAGUGGUAUAGAUUGGCUGUAAAUGAUAUAUUGUCUCAGAGAAAGGUGGUGGUUGGAACUGGUUAUUUUGAUGCACUUGAAGCUGAUUUUUAUUCAGCCAUACGUGCAGCUUAUUAUGGGCCUGUAGUUGAGUCUAUGGAUUUUCUUCCUCCCCAGUUUGAGGCAGAGGAAAGGUCUGUCUAUGAAACUCCUGAGGUUCUGCAUUUGGUUUCAGGUCGUCAUCUUUUUGGAAUGGUGUGCCUGGCGGAAAAGAUUCCUAAAUUAUCUUCUGCCUCUAAAAAAUUAAAAAAUGCAUUUGCGUCUGAUGGUUUGGGAGUCUGUCGAUCUGUUGAGGAUACAUGCCUCUUGGACAAUUUCAAUGCAGCGGAUGAUGCUGAAAUUUGUCAGAUGGAUGCUGGGAAUAGUGUAAGUAAUAAAUCAGAUGCAUAUGAAGAUUUAGAAUUGUAUGUCUCUGGAAGGGUGGUCGCUAUGGCAAGUAGAGUUCCUCCUAAAAACCAGUAUGACGGAGUACAGAAUGAAGAUGCACAAGAUCAGAUACAUGUUUUUCUUACCUUGAACGAUAAUUCUGUGUCUGUGGAUGCUAGCAAAGGGGUUUACAAGGAAUCUAUUUUGACGGGUGCUGUUGGUGCAAGGAUUCCACUAGGAACUAUAAAGGGACUGCGCACCAGUCCUGAAGAGGGAUCAUGCUGUGUCUAUGAUUGCAGUAGUACCAAAACACAUGUGAUAAUGAAUCAUAGGACAUUGAUGGUGAAGCAUAUGCACUGGUAUGGAGUAGGAGAUAAAGUUUCUAUUGGUGAGUGUCGAUGCACCAGAGCCCAAUUGCCACCGAGCAAAUUUUGGCUGUUUGAGCCUCGUUGUGACAUGCACAACAUAGGUGGUUGGUAUGUUGAAACAUUCGGUAGAGAUAAGAGAGGUCGGACAGUUCCAUCUCACAGGUAUUGGGAUGGCUUUGAUGGAAAUGAACAAUAUGGCAAGAGUGACCUUGAGGACUUUGAGAUUCAAGAUUCAGAAUCAGUUUCAACUCUCAUGCUUCGUAAGCACAUUGCUUGUGAUGCUGACAACUGCAUGAUGGAGAGAGGUGAUUCUGUGGAUCUUGAACUCCUCUUGGCUACAUUUUAUGUGAGUGAGUGA